AUGGAAGUGCUUUGCAGGGUUGGCACUCGUGCGAAAGUCAUGCAGGCAAUGCCCGUCGUGUCUCAGUCGGGCCAACAGGUGGGCUUGCAGAUGCUAGUCAACGGUAUCGACAUCGUUCGCAUGGAGGAGGUUCUUCAAAAGGGUCCACCCCUGCAGGUCAAGAUCUCACAGGUGAAGUACGAAAACGAAGAUCCUCCGGACGACAUGCUCAAGGCCACCAUGAACGAGACAAUGCAGACCAUCAAGGAGAUCAUGAAGGUUAACCCAGGUUUCCGCGAAUAUGCAUCGCUCAUAAACCAGAGCUACUACGAUCGCGUGGAGAAGAUGAAAGCUCACGUGGUGGCGCACUUCGCAGCCGCCCUCACUUCGGCGGACGGCAUAGAUCUCCAGAAGGUCCUGGAAGCCACGAAUGCCCAAGACAAGAGCAGGCUCGCCUUGGAGCUUGUGAAGAAGGAGUUGGAGCUGUCGAAGCUUCAACAGAAGAUCGCAUCACAGAUCGAGGACAAGAUGAACAAGCACCAGCGGGAGUUCAUGCUGCGCGAGCAGCUCAAGUCCAUCAAGAAAGAGCUGGGCAUUGACAAGGAUGAUGGAUCCGAUGCACUCCUGCAGAAGUUCAAGCAACGCCUCGAGGAAAAGACGGUGCCCAAGGAGGUCAAGGAG